AUGGAAAAUAUCUAUAGGGGUUAUCGGAAAAGUUUUCUUUAUAUAGAGUAUCAUCAUAUCUUAAAGAUUUUGCUAUCUGUUAUAUUACCUCCUCUAGCUAUCUUUUUGCACAAAAAUGUUCAGAUCGUCGAUAUUGCUAUCUGCAUCUCAUUAAACUAUUGUUAUAGUUGGGUAGCAGCUGCUAUAUUUGCUGUUUAUCUUACAUAUAAUGACAUACGGAAAAAUGCUACAGAGGAUAGUCAUUCUCUAGCGAUCCAUGGCCCCAAUUUCAGUAAAGAAGAUAUUGGGGAGGUUUUAUUGGCAGUAUUGGCACUCAUUGCCCCACCAAUCUCGAUUAUUGCAACAAAUGGACUUUUUACAAAAGAAUUUGUAUUAGCUGCUAUUUUAGUUCGACAUUUACGUCCAUUGGCGGUCAUAUUAUCAUUCUACCACAUAUUACAAUAUAGAAAAAUACAAAUUGAGGACCGCAUGUCAUUGCAUAUUGUUGUAUCGAAAUUUGACCUCCCUGCCUUAUCCUUUUUAUUAUGUAUUACUUUACCCUUCAUACCGGUGGCAUUUAGAUAUGGAAUUAUGAGUAAACAAUUCUUUAUAUCCUUCGGCUUAUUUUCUCUCUCAUCCGUACUCUCAAUGGCACAUUGCAUUUAUACAUAUCUCGAUCUCGAACCUACUCAAACUGAUGAUAGCAAUAUCGACGAGGUCGAGAAUAUUUUUCCCAUUGACAAUGAUGAUUUGCUAUUAGUUUUAGCCAUCGCGUUUUUGCCAGUCGUUCCCGUGAUAAAGAGGAAAGGAUUUAAAAAUUUGCACUCACUCAUUAAUAUCCUCUUAUUCAUUUUUUGUUUUGAAACGUUGCAUGCACUUCACUGCUUAAUUGUUAUUUACUCUACAAGUAAAGUGAGAAUAAUUGAAGAGCCAAGAACAAGAAAAGAAAAAGAAAAAAGUGAAUCAGGUCACACUUCAUCCUGGCAGGGAUUUGAAGAUCUUCCAUUCAGUGGAAUACUUUCGUUGUAG